UGCCAGCUCCCAACGUUCCCCCGUGAACAAUCGUUAUUUCUACGUAUUUCUUGCAGGCGUCUGUCAAAAUGGUCUUCGCUCCCACUCUCCGCCGUGCUGCCGCUCAGGCCUACCGCUCUCCCUUUGGUCCCUCUUACUCCAUCCCCCCCAACUUCCAGGGCUACACCGUGAGGGACGCUACCAAGGUCGGCACGAUCGCCGUUCCCUUUGCUGUCUCCGCCGGUCUCUUCGCCGUCUUCUUCUUCGGCGAAGUCCCCCGUGUGCGCAAGGAUAUCCUGCAGCAGCUUCCUUUCUUCGAUACCUACUAUGAUCGGACUGUUGCUCCCGAGGACAACCCCUUCUAAAUGUUCCGCGCUCGAGACCCCCUACUGUCCUUUUUGAGCGAACCCCGCGAUUGGUUGUCUGUGACUUUCGUGGUGUACAGCUGCGCCUUCGAAUACAUGGCCAAGAGAAGCAGUUGUGCUGUAGAAUAGAAAUGAGACCGUUUUGAUAGCACAUAGACACC